AUGCCAGGCAGGCGCAAGGACGAGCUGCCCAAAGCUCCUUUAGCCUCAGCCGGUGAAGUAGUGCAGGCAUCCGCGUGUGGUCUUUCCGCUUGUUGGGCCACAGCGGGGAAUGUUUCAAAGGUCCAUGACAAUGAGGACCGUGCGUUCACUGACAGAGGACGCCUCUGGCUAGAGGACGGCACUGAAGUCUCCUAUCAAACGGCGGCAGUGGUAGAUGGACAUGGUGGAGCUGGAGCAUGUGAGCUCAUUGCCGAGACCGCCAUGCGCAUCUUGGGAGAGCAUUUGGAAGCCGCGCUUGGAGAUGUUUGUGCUGCGCUGUCGGAAACUUUCGCUGACUUGGAAGAGCAAUGUCUUGCUUUGACACCCCCCUCAGGGGCAUGCAUGUGCCUAUGCAUCGCUGAAAAAGGUCGUGCUUGGGUGGCCAACCUGGGUGAUUGCCGAGCUCUUGCUGUUUCGUUGGAAGAUGGUGGUUGCCUGUUGAGUCUAGACCACCGUUCUGGUGAAGGAACCGAAUACACUCGGAUUCUCGAAGCUGGAGGCUCCGUGGUUGGAAACGCAGUGGAAGGCCUGAUGCCAUCACGCACGUUGGGGGACGCAGACGUGAAGACUCUUUGUCCUCCGAGAGUCAUUUUGGCCGAGGCGGAGGUUCGAACAUGGGAUGGGCAAGGCCUCGUCAUCAUUGCUUCUGACGGUCUCUGGGACGUGUUGUCCAGUGCUGAUGUCCUUGAUUUGCUGCCGAAGGGUAAGAGCUUGCGACGUGUAUGCCAAGACCCGGGGACUCUUCAAGCUUUGGCUGAUGGGAUUGUGGACAAGGCCAUGCGUCUCGGUGCUCAGGACGAUGUCACCACCUUGCUCCUCCCAGUCCUCUGA